UGUUUCUCUGUGCUUACAACCCAGCCUCCAUUCCUUCGACACCACCAUUUUAAAGGGAUUUACUGCACGGACUUCCCCCAAGUUCCUAGGCAUUAUCUUCUGGACCCUAUCCUGCAGAGGUGAAGCGUCCCUUUGGGGACUCUCGCUGGGUGAGAGGGACAAGAAACACCCACUAGGACCCAACCCCGGCAAACAGCGGCUCGAGCAUGCGCUGAGAGUUUGUGCAGCUGGCCCUGACUGCCGCCGCUGCCUCGUCCGGACUCGGAGAGGACUUGGGAGGGACAGCGGCGCUGGGAGGUGGCUUAGCAGAGACUUUCCAGCAACUGCUGCCCAGGACUUUUUUUUUUUUUUUUUCUUUUUCCCAGGAGGCGGCGACGGCGGCGGCGGGGGGGAGAGGAAGAGAAAGAAGCGUCUCCAGCUGAAGCCAAUGAAGCCCUCCAGUUCUCCGCGAAGAAGGUCCCUGCUCCGAUGAGCCCCCGCCGUGCGCCCCCGACUAUACCCCGGCGGGCGUGGGGCACGGGGCCCAGCGCCUACGAUCGCUGUCGUUCUGCCCUUGGGAGUAGGAUGUGGUGAAAGGAUGGGGCUUCUCCCUUACGGGGCUCACAAUGGCCAGAGAAGAUUCGGUGAAGUGUCUGCGCUGCCUGCUCUACGCCCUCAAUCUGCUCUUUUGGUUAAUGUCCAUCAGUGUGUUGGCAGUUUCUGCUUGGAUGAGGGACUACCUAAAUAAUGUUCUCACUUUAACUGCAGAAACGAGGGUAGAGGAAGCCGUCAUUUUGACUUACUUUCCUGUGGUUCAUCCGGUCAUGAUUGCUGUUUGCUGUUUUCUUAUCAUUGUGGGGAUGUUAGGAUAUUGUGGAACGGUGAAAAGAAAUCUGUUGCUUCUUGCAUGGUACUUUGGAAGUUUGCUUGUCAUUUUCUGCGUAGAACUGGCUUGUGGCGUUUGGACAUAUGAACAGGAACUUAUGGUUCCAGUACAGUGGUCAGAUAUGGUCACUUUGAAAGCCAGGAUGACAAAUUAUGGAUUACCUAGAUAUCGGUGGCUUACUCAUGCUUGGAAUUUUUUUCAGAGAGAGUUUAAGUGCUGUGGAGUGGUAUAUUUCACUGACUGGUUGGAAAUGACAGAGAUGGACUGGCCCCCAGAUUCCUGCUGUGUUAGAGAAUUCCCAGGAUGUUCCAAACAAGCCCACCAGGAAGAUCUCAGUGACCUUUAUCAAGAGGGUUGUGGGAAGAAAAUGUAUUCCUUUUUGAGAGGAACCAAACAACUGCAGGUGCUGAGAUUUCUGGGAAUCUCCAUUGGAGUGACACAAAUUCUGGCCAUGAUUCUCACCAUUACUCUGCUCUGGGCUCUGUAUUAUGAUAGAAGGGAGCCUGUGACAGACCAAAUGAUGUCCUUGAAGAAUGAGAACUCUCAGCACCUGUCAUGUCCCUCAGUAGAACUGUUGAAACCAAGCCUGUCAAGAAUCUUUGAACACACAUCCAUGGCAAACAGCUUUAACACACACUUUGAGAUGGAGGAGUUAUAAAAAGAAAAGUCACAGAAGAAAAACACAAACUUGUUUUAUUAGACUUGUGAAUUUUUGAGUACAUACUAUGUGUUUCAGAAACAGGUAGAAUAAAAAUGUUGUCAUAAAAUAAUACCUAAGCAUAUACUAUUCUAUGCUUUAAAAUGAGCAGGGAAAAGUUUCAUGUCAUAAGUCACCACCUGGACAAUAACUGAUGCCCUUAAAAUGCUGAAGACAGGCCGGGCGCGGUGGCUCAAGCCUGUAAUCCCAGCACUUUGGGAGGCCGAGACGGGCGGAUCACAAGGUCAGGAGAUCGAGACCAUCCUGGCUAACACGGUGAAACCCCGUCUCUACUAAAAAAUACAAAAAAAAAAACUAGCCGGGCGAGGUGGCGGGCGCCUGUAGUCCCAGCUACUUGGGAGGUUGAGGCCGGAGAAUGGCGUGAACCCGGGAGGCGGAACUUGCAGUGAGCUGAGAUCUGGCCACUGCACUCCAGCCCGGGCGACAGAGCGAGACUCUGUCUCCAAAAAAAAAAAAAAAAAUGCUGAAGACAAAUGUCAUACCCACUGUGUAGCCUGUGUAUGACUGAACACAGUUAUGUUUUGAGGCAGCGUGGUUUGAUUAGCAUUUCUGCAUCCAUACAAACGAGUCACAUAUGGUGGAACUGGAGCUACAGUAAAGGUUGAUUUACUUCUACCAACUAGUAUAGAAAGUACUAAUUAAAUGCUAACAUAGGAAGUUAGAAGAUACUAAUAACUUUUAUUACUCAGCGAUCUAUUCUUUUGAUGCUAAAUAAAUUAUACAUCAGAAAACUUUCAAUAUUGGUGACUACCUAAAUGUGAUUUUUGCUGGUUACUAAAAUAUUCUUACCACUUAAAAGAGCAAGCUAACACAUUGUCUUAAACUGAUCAGGGAUCUAUUUGUAUAUAAGUCUGUGUUAAAUCUGUAUAAUUCAGUAGAUUUCAGUUCUGAUAAUGUUAAGAAUAACCAUUAUGAAAAGGAAAAUUUGUCCUGUAUGGCAUCAUUAUUUUUAGCCUUUCCUGUUAAUAGAGCUUUAAUAUUCUGUCCUGGGCUUAUAUUACACAUAUAACUGUUAAUUUAAAUACUUAACCACUAAUUUUGAAAAUUACCAGUGUGAUACAUAGGAAUCAUUAUUCAGAAUGUAGUCUGGUCUUUAGGAAGUAUUAAGAAGAAAAUUUGCACAUAAUUUAGUUGAUUCAGAAAGGACUUGUAUGCUGUUUUUCUCCCAAAUGAAGACUCUUUUUGACACUAAACACUUUUUAAAAAACUUAUCUUUGCCUUCUCCAAACAAGAAGCAAUAGUCUCCAAGUCAAUAUAAUUCUACAGAAAAUAAUGUUCUUUUUCUCCAGAAAAAUGCUUGUGAGAAUGAUUAAAACAUGUGACAAUUUAGAGAUUCUUUCUUUUAUUUCAUUGAUUAAUAUACUGUGGCAAAUUACACAGAUUAUUAAAUUUUUUACAAGAGUAUAGUAUAUUUAUUUGAAAUGGGAAAAGUGCAUUUUACUGUAUUUUGUGUAUUUUGUUUAUUUCUCAGAAUAUGGAAAGAAAAAUAAAAUGUGUCAAUAAAUAUUUUCUAGAGAGUAA